ACGCAUUACCCUCUGCUUAUAUGUGGACGCCUCAUUUGCAUAGAGGUGACGAAAUAUAGUCAUAAGCCAAUCAUCCUUCUGAUUGGGGGCACACGUGAGCAGCUUCAGCCAAUCACAAAUUUAGGCGGCCUUUACAACAUUUCCUAUAGGGGGUGUGUCCGAAUCGUCCCACAUCCGAGUGACAUGGAGCCGGAGCAGGAGGUAAUACGCCAAUUUCAAACCUUAAACAUAGAGAUGGAAGAAGACCAGCACCACCAAAACAACCAGCCACCACCCGGUGUUCACGGCCUUAACAACCAGCCACCACCCGGGCCACCACCCGGUGUUCACGGCCAGAACAACCAGCCACCACCCGGGCCACCACCCGGUGUUCACGGCCAGAACAACCAGCCACCACCCGGGCCACCACCCGGUGUUCACGGCCAGAACAACCAGCCACCACCCUGGGUUCACGGCCUUAACACACCAUGGGACCAGGCAAAUGAGUACAACGACGAACAACAUGACUACCCCCCACCAAAGAAACGCCACGUGACUGAUGAUACAUGCUGGUCAUGUGGUGGCCUGGGGCACAUGAAAUGGGGAUGCCCCUCAAACAAGAUGAAACGUUCUGGAGCCCGCGGACGGGGUGGAGCCCGCGGAAUGGGGAGGGGUCGGAGGGGCCGCAGGGGGUUUGGGGGGAAUACUUUCAAGUUCUUUUUCAAUUAGUUCCCCCAAACCCCCUGCACCCCUCCCCUCAGAGGGGUGCAGAGUUGUAUUCCAAGUUGAAUAAUUCAAAAUAAAAAAAUAAAAUGACUCGUCUGGUUAAGUGUUUUCUUGGGUCCCGAUGACACAGCUAGAUUGAAUUAGAAAAAAAAGACGGUUAUUUUACUUUGGGUGCUGUCAUCGACAGCAGGAAUGCCGAACGGGGACCACCAGGACUGGGCGUCCACAGCAGCCGCGCCGAGAAGGACGAGAACCAACAACAACUUCAUCUUCCACAAGUAACAUGCCGCGAAAGAAAACAGAUGGUGUCGGAGAUUUGAUCGUGCGGCGAACACUUCCUGGUAUUAGUGGCGAACACUUCCUGGUAUUAGUGCACGAUAGUGGUAAAGCGUUUCAUCACCUGAUUACCCCGAUCGUGCAUUCUAUGUGCGUUUUGGGGUGUUUUAGCAAAAGAAAAUUAGCAAUAUUUGAAUAAAAUUUAGCAAUAUUUGAGUUAAAAAGCUUUUUUUUAAUGGUUUUUACCAAAAAUCACAUUUCUACAGAAAAUGACUCUGUCGGUCAGCGACAAGGCACCCUUUUCUAUCCGAAACAUUGAAUUGUCCAAAAACGAUGUUUUCUGAAGUGCUAGUGCUUUUCUCAGAGACAGUCAAAUCAGCCCUGAGUCAUAAAAAAACUCUGAACGGCCGACACCUUGUAUUUAUCAAUCAUACAAUUGAAAAUUUUAUAAUCAGCAUUUAUUAAGUAUAGAUCUAUCAUCAAAUAAAAGAAGGAUUUUUUUCUGAACAAUAACUGGAAACACAAUAUUUUUUCUUACACCCAAGCAAAUUAUGUUGU